AGAUUGUCAUUGUUCCACUAUACAAGAUACCGAUCUUUAGGUAUGACAUAUUUUUACAAAUCCAGUGACUGAUUUUAAUUUUUUUAAUAUUCAUUUUAAUCAUUUUUUUUCUCAGUUUUAUAGUUUAUAGUUUUCUAUCAUUCGAAAACUCAAAUCACAGCUGAUCUUAUUUUUCUUUACAGUCAACUUUUGGUCAUUUUGGCAUCAAGUUCCAGAAAGCUAAAUUUAAAAAUGGCGACCACCCCACAAUCACGAGGGUGUGAAUCUCCGGGUUGCGAUAAAAGUGCUAGUUUACAGUGUCCAACUUGUAUGAAACUAGGAAUACAAGGCUCAUACUUUUGCUCUCAAAGCUGCUUCAAAGAAAACUGGAAAUCUCAUAAGGUUCUGCACAAGAUAGCACAGGGUGAACCAAUCGAUGGAUCAGAAAGUAAGGAUAAAGAGUACAAUCCUUGGCCUCAUUUUAGGUACACAGGUAAACUUCGUCCGUUUCCACAGAGUAAAAAGCGUGUGGUGCCAGCAAGCAUACCGCGGCCUGACUAUGCCGACCACCCUGGAGGUGUGCCUCGCUCAGAACUCGAAAUGAAGAUGCAGGCAACUCACAUCAAGACGCUCUCUGAUGAGGAGAUCGAGGGAAUGCGAGUCGCCUGCAAGCUGGGUAGAGAGGUGCUGGACGAGGCAGCGAAGGCGAUAGGCGUGGGCGUCACGACGGACGAGAUCGACAGGAUAGUGCAUGAGGCGUGCAUCGAGCGAGAGUGCUACCCCUCGCCUCUCAACUACUAUCAGUUCCCGCGCUCCUGCUGCACCAGCGUCAACGAGGUCAUCUGCCACGGCAUUCCCGAUCUCAGGCCGCUCCAGAACGGCGACAUUUGCAAUGUUGAUGUUACUGUGUAUCACAGGAACUUCCAUGGCGAUCUUAAUGAGACAUUUUUGAUAGGAGAAGUCAGUGAAACGGCCAGGAAGCUCACUCAAGUGACUUGGGAAUGUCUGGAAAAAGCUAUUAGUAUAGUUAAGCCGCAUGAAAAAUAUAGGGACAUAGGAAAUGUGAUUCAGAAGGUCAAUUCAUCGUAUUAGGUAUCAUGUUUAUGUUCUGGUGUCCUUGUAAUUUGAAUCACUAAUAUCCAUUCACCUAUGUAUGCCAAAAACAAAGUUAUUGGAAUUAUGAAACCUGGACAUUGUUUCACCAUAGAACCAAUGAUUUCUCAAGGAGCGUGGCGCGACGACACGUGGCCGGACAAGUGGACAGCGGUGACCAUUGAUGGCCUGCUCUCGGCGCAGUUCGAGCACACGCUCCUUGUCACCGACACCGGAGUCGAAGUGCUCACAAAGCGCAACUCGAACAACGGCCAACCCUACUUCAUGGACUAGUGCCUUCUUGCCUUCUUCGCCUCAGUGUCAUCACGUUCCCAACAACUAUAUCAAACAUUUUACAAUCCUCUUCAAAUUAAUCAGUCGGACCUUAUUUAUAUUGCUGUUCAGUUUUGUUGUUUUUUGACGAUUGAAAUAAAAAAUUGGAACUUGA